UCAUCCAAGAACCCUACUCUGCAGCCGCAUCAACCCUUCCUCUCUCCCAGGUUUGGAAGUGCUUUAAGCAGAGUUUUUGCAUCCAGCAAUGGCUCCUGCUAAAGUUGAUCCUACAAAAAAGGCAGAUCCUAAGACUCAUGCUGCUAAGACUGCCAAGGCUCUGAAAUCAGGUACAGCCACUUUUAAGAAGAAAGCUAAGAAGAUCCGCACAUCAGUCACAUUUCAUCGGCCAAGGACAUUGAAGAAGGACAGGAACCCUAAGUACCCACGCAUUAGUGCUCCUUCAAGAAAUAAGCUAGACCAGUAUCAGGUUCUCAAGUAUCCACUAACUACUGAAUCUGCAAUGAAGAAGAUUGAGGACAACAACACCCUGGUUUUCAUUGUUGACAUCCGUGCUGACAAGAAAAAGAUCAAAGAUGCAGUGAAGAAGAUGUACGAAAUUCAGACCAAGAAAGUUAACACUUUGAUCAGGCCUGAUGGAACCAAGAAGGCUUAUGUUAGGUUGACACCGGACUAUGAUGCCUUGGAUGUGGCAAACAAGAUCGGGAUCAUCUAAAUCUAUAUUGUCUUUUUGUCUCAAGUGAAAGUUUUAUGAUUUAUCAGUACUAUUGACAGUUUUGUUAGGAAUGUUUUGCCGAGAUUUGGCUGCAAUUUCAUUUUGUUAGUUUUGGAUAUGCAUGGAGAACUUCAGUUUCUGUUUCAACUUUGGCAAUGGAAUGCAAAUUCUGAGGAUUUACAUUCUUGAAAUACUUGAUGAAUGGAUAUUCUGUGUCA